AUGAUUCAGCCGAGAACACAGGUUUGGUUGACAUCGCAAAUUGCCAACGAUUCGGUAUUUUGGAUUGGUUUAUCGGACAGGGGAGCCCUUAGAUUCAAAUGGGUUGAUGGCACAGCAGCAGAAUACUUUAACUGGGCGCCCGGUGAACCAAACGAGAAAGAUGAAUUACAUGAGGACUGUGUUGAGAUGUAUUCCAACGGUUUGUGGAAUGAUGAGCAAUGUCUUGGAAUGGCUAACCCGAUCUGUGAAAGAGCACUAGGUGCGACUGGACCCCCACCAACAACACUGAAUUACGAGCCACCGUGUCCAGAGGGAUGGUACAAGUACGAUGAACAGUGUAUCUUGGUCGUGACAAACCGAGAUGUGUUCAACAGCGCCAGAGACUACUGCCGAUAUCUUAACUCAGAUUUGGUCGUCGUCAAGACACAGGGAUUGAAUGAUUUUAUAGCAAAUCUGAUUUCCGGGUUUGAUGAUGAUGGUUUCUGGCUAGGAUUGACUGAUAAAAAAGAAAUGUACGAGUUCGUCUGGGUAGAUGGCACAGCACUGGGACCAAAUGAUUACGACAACUGGAUGCCGAACGAACCAAACGAAAGUGACGGUCUUCAUGAAGACUGCGUGGAAAUGUUAGCUAAUACUGGAAAGUGGAAUGAUGAACAAUGCGUUGCUCCUCAGAAGUACAUAUGCGCCAGACCAACCGUCUUUACAUCAACUUCUCCACGUCCUCCAACUCCAGCGAGAAGCACUCAUCCUCCAGCCCUAUCAACGGAGUGUGGUGAUGGCUGGAUGAAGUAUGAAGAUACCUGCGUGCUUGUCGUUGGGACUAGAUUGACAUUCGAUUUGGCUCAGGAGUACUGCCAGGAGCGACAUGCAAACCUUAUCAAACUAGAGAGUCAAGAUAUGAAUGUAAGUCUUCAUGCGGACAUCUGGCUUUCAAUCGGGCUUUCGGGUCGGAACUGGUUAGUUGAUCAGACUUCUGUCUACAGUGAAGUGUACUGGAUUGGGCUCUACGAUCGCAUAGACGACAACACAUUUAUAUGGAUAGACGGGACCACACCAUCAUUUACAAAUUGGGCACCUAACGAACCCAACAACAACGAUGGAAUCGGAGAAGAUUGUGUUGAAAUGCGUGUAGGUGGGGAUUGGAAUGAUGAGCAAUGUAGGGCAGCCAACGCUUUCGUUUGCUCCAAAGGAUACGAGGAAAUCCCCCUAUGUGACAUCAAAGCAGGCUGGGAAGCAUUCGGAGAUAAGUGCUACCUGUGGGUAUCCGACACCAAGAAUAUAGCCGAUGCUACAUCGUACUGUACGAUGAUGGAGGGAUACGUCAUAUCUAUCAACAGUGCCGAUGAACAAACCUUUGCUACCUCCAUGCAGCUACGCUAUGCAAACAUACAGUACUGGAUUGGACUCAGUGACCAAGAUAACAGAGGUACUUUCACGUGGCAAGAUGGAACAGAUACUCAAAGCUACAGUCAUUGGAAUACAGAUGAAAAUGAACCAGAUUCUAACGUGUACCCCGCAUGUGGUAUGAUACAGGGGAUGGUACAGGGGCCCAAUCCAGAUCUGUGGAGCGUGGAUGAGUGUAGCGUUAAGAAACGAUUUAUCUGCGAAAAACCACAAGGUACUUGUGCGGAUGGGUGGACACUUCAUGGGGGAGAAUGCUACCAGUUUAACGUGCUCAGGAGAACAUGGACUGAUGCUAGCUACUAUUGUAGUUCUCAGGGAGGAUGGCUGGGUACCAUUUUUGAUGGUGCAGAAAAUACUUUCAUUGCCGCAAACAUGGGUCGUCUCCAAGAUGAAAAUAUUGAAAGCAUGUGGAUUGGAUAUUCAGAUUAUAUCAAUGAUGGCGAAUGGGCGUGGGUGCAUGAGACCAGUUCUACCUAUGACAAUUGGCCACAACAGCCGAAUAAUACUUAUGAUCAGGCAGACUGUGCCUAUCUUGAUACAGCUGACACGACAGGAGCAUGGAACCAAAUGCUAUGCACUCUAUUGGCUGGAUUUUUCUGCAAGAUCAAGGCUGGAUCAACCGUGACACCAGUGACAGCCCCAGAGAAGGUUGGAUCAUGUGAGCUUGGUUGGGGUCUGUACGACGAAUGGUGUUACUACUCCCCUGCUGUUGAGAAGACCUUUACGGAAGCAGAAGCAGAAUGUGCUGCUUUGUUUUCGGGUUCACAUCUGGCCAGUAUCCAUUCCAUCGGAGAACAAUCCUUCAUCACAGUUCCUCCUAGUGGUCGUUGUGGUAGUGGUUGGGUAUACGAUUCUGGUAGUAAUAACUGCUUCAAAUAUUCGACCUCUGAACUGACCUGGCCCAUGGCAAAUGACCAAUGCCACUAUGAGGGUGGCUAUCUGACUAGUAUUACUAACCAAGCUGAAUCGGAAUUCCAUCGCAGGGAGCCCAACGAUGCUUAUACCGGUGAAGAUUACGUCGAGAUCAUAUGUGCUAAUGGCAAAUGGAAUUCCCUGCAUGGCGAUGUAUCAAUAGGUUACUCCUGCAAGAGAAACAGUUUCAUUACGGAUCAGUUCAAAGUGUUCCCCAACAGCCGCUUGGACACGGUCUCGAUUUCCGUCUCCAACGUAUGGCCAGAGGAGUGUGCUGCUAGUUGCUACAAUGCUGGAGAAAACUGCAGGUCUUUUAAUUACUACCGCAAGACACGCGAAUGUUCGCUGCUAUCUGUCGAUCAGUACUCAGGCUCCGCAGAUCUGGUGCCAGAGAAUGAAGAUCCUUACGAUUACUAUGAACGAGGGCCAACAAUCCAAGUGCCAACAACCAUCGGUCCCUCGUAUGGCUGUGGAACGGGUGAGACUGGCUACCGCAGCUACUGCUAUACAUUGGUUACUUCAGAGUCAACCUUUGAUGGCAUGCAGAGUAUCUGUGAACUCCGCAGCGCUAACCUGGUCUCCAUCGCUGACGCUAGCGAAAUGAACUUUGUCAUCAGCUUGAUGCAGACUGGCAAUACCGCGACCACUACGAUAGGCUCAGCUUGGUUAGGUCUGUCUGACAAGGCAAAUGAGGCGACGUACGCUUGGAAUGAUGGUAGUGAGGUCACCUAUACAAGCUGGGCAGCAGGACAGCCUCAGAAUAAUGGCAGCGACGAAGACUGUGUCACCCAUAAUAUCAACGCGGCACCUACGGUCACCUGCUUGUCUGUACAGACUGAUCCUGUUAGUACCAUCACAGGUGGACCCAUGACACCCUCUUGA